GUCGCCGCUGCGUGAGGUGACGGGAUCAGGACAGAGGACUAAGCACAUGGACUGGAAAUUGGAAGGGGAUGCUCAGAAAACAGAGUCACUUGUGCUGCAGGGGCAAGAAGGCGUCCUAGAGGACACAUGUGAAGAUGGAAUCUUUGAAAGCUUCAAACUUCUGCAGAUUGAUGUGGACUGCAAGCGUGGGGAGGGAGAGACCCUGCCCACAGGCAGUGCAACAUGGUGCUCGAAAAAUGUCCAGAGAAAACAGAGACACUGGGAAAAGAUAGUUGCAGCAAAGAAGAGCAAAAGAAAACAAGAAAAAGAAAGAAGAAAAGCCAAUCGAGCAGAAAAUCCAGGCAUCUGCACCCAGCAUAGCAAACGUUUUCUGAGAGCUUUAACCAGAGAGAAACUUUUGGAAGCCAAACACUCAGGACCAAGACUGUGUAUCGAUUUGAGUAUGACUCACCACAUGUCAAAGAAGGAAUUGAGUAGACUGUCUGGACAGAUCCGAAGGUUGUAUGGUUCAAACAAAAAAGCUGACAGGCCAUUUUGGAUUUGCCUCACUGGAUUCACAACAGACAGUCCUCUGUAUGAAGAGUGUUUGAGGAUGAAUGAUGGAUUUUCUAGUUAUCUGCUAGACAUAACAGAAGAAGACUGCUUUAGUUUAUUUCCUCUGGAAAACAUUGUGUACCUUACUCCUGACUCAGAACAUGCUCUUGAAGAUGUUGAUCUAAAUGAAGUUUAUAUCCUUGGUGGACUUGUGGAUGAAAGCAUUCAGAAGAAGGUGACAUUUCAAAAAGCCCAAGAAUACUCUGUCAAGACAGCCCGCUUGCCAAUCCAGGAAUACAUGGUCAGACGCCAGAAUGGGAAAAAUUAUCAUUCAGAGAUAUUGGCCAUCAAUCAAGUGUUUGAUAUCCUGUCCGCUUACUUUGAGACUCACAACUGGCCUGAAGCGCUGAAGAAAGGAGUUUCUUUAGGAAAAGGCUAUGUUCUUCGGAAUUCAGUAGAAUGAUAGACAGCCGAAGAUUACAGCUGCAAGAGGUGAAGUGCGGAGGUGCCUUGACCAAAGAGCAGGGCAGAGGGUGGCAGUGGCACACACUUGCCUUUACUUGACAUCUUGGAUCUUCAUAAGAUAUAAGCUACUAAUGACAGGGACCACAUUUUAUGCUGUUUUGUAUCUUCCAUAGUGCCUGGCUCACAGGAAGUGCCCAGAUACAUGUUAAAUAAUAAAAGUUUACAUAACAAGGAAUUAGCCCCCAAACCACAUGGCUUUGGAUGUGUUAAUUCAUCUUUUAUAUAUCUAUUUCUGUUUGUGA